AUUCGAUUAAAGCAAGAACAUUGCAGAAAAUAUCUGAAGAUGAGAGGCCAUAUAGACCCACCACCUUUUCAAGGCCUUCAUUUUGAAUCGGGGAUGCCUCCUCCAUUCGGCUUCUGCAGAGGCCCAGAUUUCCAUGGCGCUCAUCGUAGACCUGGUUUCGGGCCAUUUGGACACGAAGAGUGUACUGAACACCAGCAUCCUAGACAAAGACAUGGUCCACGUGAAGGUGGGAGAUGUGGUGGCUGCAGCUGUGAUUCUGAUGAAGAGGAACGUUGCUGUGGACCUAGAAACUUCAGACGACGCCCUGGUGGUAGACCUGACUUCAUGUUUGGACCAUUUGGUCCUGGACGCCAUUGUCAUCGAUUUGGGCCUUGGGGAGGUCCUUGGAAUGGACCUUGGAGAGGCCUGUGGUGUCCUGGCCACCGCCACCCCUGGGCUGGUCGCUUUGCGCCGUACCCAUGGUGUAACCAUAUGAAUGAGAGUAUCUACGACAGGUCAGAACACCAACGGUGCAAAAAGAAUGACACUGAAAAAUGCUGUGAAAAUAAACCUUGCUGCAGUGGUAAUAAGGACAAACGUAGAGGAAAGGACAAUGCACCCUGCAGCGAUACGGAUAAAGAUCAAAAUACAGUGUUCGUGCAAAGGAUUGUUUUGGAGAAAUCUGCAAGACCACAGAGUGUUUGAAGCUAUACUAAUAGGUACUAUAUUUAUGUAUGUAUAUUUGUAUAUCAAUUUUAUACUAAAUUUCUUAUUCAAAAUUAAACCUUAAGAAGAUUAAACAAAGAUUAGAUUUCGUUAUUGGAACCCCCAUACACUUUUAACUAAUCUUAUCAAUCACUAUCGGACACUGUUUAAACAACAUAAGAUUGUAUAUUGUGUUAAUGUUAUCACUCGAACAAAACAAUUUAAUGAUAAAUGAAUGAUGAAAAUUAUCGACAACUUAUAUAAGCAUUAAAGCCUAUUGCAGUUAUAUCUAAUUUUAACUGUAUUUAAGACUAAUAUGCACUUAAAUGUAUGAUUAUUUGUAUUGAAAUAAAUU